GUAGUCUAGAAACUAUAGACAUACUGUAAACCAUAGCCUCUGCAUCAGAUCUCUGUUCAGAUUAGCUUAGCCUCUUCAUUUUACUCUCUAGAUUCUCAAAGAAACUCUGUUACUUGUAGUCUGUUGAAUGAAAACAAACGGGCGACUCUGGUAAACUGCUUUAGUUUACCUCAGAGCUGCUAGCGCUUUAGCGUAGCUCUAUUCAAACCCUCUCUCGGACAGACUAAUCAUUAUUGGUGCUAGCGCUGUACUGCCUUCACUGUCUUCUAGAAUUUAACCUCAGUACAGCAUGAUGUAGACUAGCGUCUGGUAAAUAGAUGGACUAGACUAUAGACUAAUAUAGAGUAUCAUGAGUUCCUGUAAUUUAGUUUGUCUACUGUGGCAAUGGGUGCUAAUCUACUUCAAAUUUUCUGCACAUGGUUCAUAAAUAAAUAAAAAAUCGAAUGGUAUAUCAAAAUGUUGUUGCUACAUUUACCCAAAUUUUGCUUUUUAGCAACUUUAACUCUGUUUUAAUGCAUUUAAGUGCAAGUAUACUCUAGUUUCAAGGAGCUGGAUACUAUUUUUAAUGUUUCACAGCUCAUUUUCCAGAUUAUGACACAAAUAAAAAAAAAUGAUCAGACUUUCAGAAAGAAAGAAAAGAAAUAGAAAGACAUGCAAAAACAAACAAACACAAACAAACAAAACAUUUUGUUUGGCUGUCAAAAGAGCGUGUGGGUCAAGGAUGCUUUUCUGCUUGAGUUUCUGUGCCGUCUUUUGUUUUCUGACCCCUCUUCUUCCAAGGAAACGUGGUUGUGGUGUUUCCCAGAGUGUUUUUCAUGUCAUCCAGUGAUGUUUACAGGAAAGCUGACCCUUCUCUUGUCCAGUCACAGAUUGACCCGAAAGUUGCCUUUCCGCGACGGGCCCAGCCUAAGUUGGUGACUCGGACAAAGAAAAUCUUUGUUGGAGGUCUGUCAGUGAACACUACUAUUGAAGAUGUAAAGCAGUACUUUGACCAGUUCGGAAAGGUGGAUGACGCCAUGCUUAUGUUUGACAAAACCACCAACAGACACAGAGGGUUUGGAUUUGUGACCUUUGAGAAUGAAGAUGUGGUGGAGAAAGUCUGUGAGAUCCACUUCCACGAAAUCAACAACAAGAUGGUGGAGUGUAAGAAGGCCCAGCCCAAGGAAGUGAUGUCACCCACAGGCUCUUCAAGAGGACGUGCGCGUGUCAUGCCCUAUGGGAUGGACGCCUUCAUGCUCGGCAUAGGAAUGCUGGGUUACCCAGGGUUCCAGGCAGCAACAUAUGCAGGUCGCAGCUAUACUAGUCUCACACCAGGAUACACAUAUCAGUUCCCUGAAUUCCACUUAGAGAGGACCCCCCUUCUGACAUCACCCCACCCCCCUGAGCUCACAGCCAUUCCUCUAACGGCGUACAACCCCAUGGCGGCAGCCGCAGCAGCAGCAGCUGUGGUCAGAGGCUCAACUUCUUCUCGCUCAGCUGGGUUUUUAGGUACCAGCAGCCCUGGGCCAAUGGCAGACUUGUAUGGAACGGCCAAUCAGGACUCAACCAUCAGUAGCUAUAUCAGCGCUGCAAGUCCCGCCCCCAGCACUGGAUUCAGCCACAGCCUCGGGGGCCCUCUGAUUGCCACAGCAUUUACUAACGGCUAUCACUGAAAUGAGUGAGAGGUACAAUAGUAUUCAUGGUUCUGACGUCUUCCCCUCAUCUUAAGGAAGGAUUUUUGAAGUAUGUGGUGAUUUCAAUCGAAUAAAACGGAUGCGUCCUACGUGCCGCAGGGUUUAUUUUCUCAAGCUCUCUGUUUUUGAAUGUUUUUUAUGCCAUGAAUCAACCCUAAACUGGUGGAAUGUCGGCUACAACACUAUUAAUGUGAUGUGACAUAUUUCCUGUUUUAUGAAUUACUGUCAUAGUCUCUAAACUAACCUCCUGCUCCUCUUAUAUAGAGCUAAACCUGUAUAUAACUAGUUCAUUCCUCAGAUUAAAACACUAACAACUUAAGUGUAUUUUUUGUCUCAUUCUAUUUUUCUCUCUCUCUUCAGUUCUUGUUCAAAGUUUAGUCUUUUUUGUGUUGACAUUAUGUACAUGUAAGUUUGUAACUGUAGAAAAGCGUUUUCAUUUUAACAGCAUAAGAGCAAUAAUCUGUCAAAACUCUUUGGAUCUUUGUAGCGUAUUUAAAAGACUAAAUCGCUUUCAGACACAUUUGGUACAUUUUCUACUGAAGAAUAUAGUGUGAUGGGAUGUCAAAAUGUAUAUUUUGUUAGUUUUGCAACUGGAUUUAUUACAUUGAUCAUGAAAAUAGCAGUAAUUAUAAGGAGAACAUAUUUCUCAGGCUUAGAUUCGAACUUGUUUGUGUAAAAUAUUGUACAUACUAUCUUUUUGAUCUGGUAAGAUCUGUCGGCAUGAUUAAGAGAGUUUUUUACCCUCAAGAACGCAAACACAUGAUAAUCUGUGUCCAAAAUGUUUUUUGUUGUUGUUUUUGUUUCAUGAUUUGAUGAACUUAAACUAUUUUGUUCAGUGGUUUUUAGGUGGUUUUUUUUUUUUUUUUUUGUGAGAGAAGGCAAUGUGAAUGAUGCUACUGUUGAGUCAGUGUGUGUGUGUGUGUCUGUGUUUGAGAGUGAAAGCAUGUCUGGUGCUGUCAUGAUCUAAUGUAUUAUCUUCAGUAAGAUGUUUUAAAAUGUGAAGUGUAACCCCUAUUUCCAUGCUGUUUUGUUGCUUUUACCAAGUUUAUAUCCACAGCAUAAUUCCUCUUUAAGAGGUUUAAAGUGUUGUAAUAAUUGGAAUAUAAAUAUGCUUCAAUUAACUGAAGACUCUGGUACUGGUGGAGAAAAAAAAGUAGCAACACUAAUAUAACACUUUUUAUGAAGUAAACAGGAUGGCUGUUAUUAAUUGAAAGUUUUAAUGUUUCUUGUUUGAAGCUUGACCCUCUGAAAAAUUAAAUAAAAACAAAUCUAAAAGUAAA